AUGAAGGACUUUGAAGCAAAAUCAUUAUCCUCUCGUAUCCUAUCAGCUACUCGCUCGACUGGGUCUGCUAUAACACGUUCAAUCCCACUUCCUGGCCUUUCGGAGGUAAAGGCGCUGCAAAAAAGCUGGUCGAUGGACUUGAGGUUGACUAUCGACGACCAUGCGGCCAAAUGCAAAACAUUAACAUCCAGAAUUGCCUCAAUAUCAAGCAUGCUGGAAAAUCAUUUUCAAGAGGGAGAGGAUGUCACGGAGUUAUCAUAUCUUUACACUAAACUGCAGAUAUGCCAAAGACAACUAUCGCGAAUAGAUUCGAGGCGAGGUCUUUCGGGUGCUCUUCGCGCAACCAGGCAGAUAGAGGUGAUUGAGAGGGUUGAGAAAGAAAUAGGAACAGGGCUGCAGGACUUUCUGUUCUCUAUCAUGCUCCGGCGACUUUCGGCACCGAGGCAGAACUUGACGAUUGAACCAGACGAAACGACUUCCAAAAACCAGUUUUCCUAUCAAACGCAUCACUAUCCGAAAAUAAAACGAUGUCAAAUUAGCGUCGGGACCAUGAUCAGGCGUCGUCGGAUUGAUAGUGUGGUAAAAUCCGUUACAAGAGGAACGUAUCGCAAUCGAAAUAUUUUACUUGUUCAGUACUCCAGUAAGGAGGAACCGCAGAAAGCUGCAGAGAUGUUCUUAGCCUCAGUCAAGACUAUCAUACAAGAGCAACAUCCCAACGUGCUUCACUUCAUGGGAGGAUCUGAAGAUUCGGGUUCCUAUGAAAAUCAUUACAUGGUGUUCGAUGUUGGAACUGUAAUCUCCAGAGAGGCAUUCGUACAGUCGCUGCGCUCAGCACAAAAAGCGUUUAGUUUCUUGGAAGGAGUCAAAGCAGGGAUGAAGUUUUUAUUGGAUUAUGGUGUACAAACAUGGGACGAUAUUCACAUUUCGCAUGAUGGGCGUGCAGUCGUAUGCCCUCCAUAUUGGGACGACCCUGACACCUGGUCGAAAUCCAACCACGAUGUAUUCACGAGCUUAACAGGAACGACUCAUUCACCUGAUUUUCCCUUGACCACGCUUACCGAAAUACUCAACAUGACUGGAUCCCGAUGGUCUGACUUUCAGCUAACCGUUACCACUCACGGAUACGGACUUCGAGACUAUCACCUGAUGCAAAUUGCAGACGAACUCGAGCUCCCAGUCCCUCCUUUUCUUCUUAUUUAUUGUGGACCACUGCCCGACUUUCUUGUCUCCGUCGGUAGUAUUGGGGUACCAGAGUGGAUUAUUACCGGUCAGUCGAGCGAUUGCUUCUCCGGAUCAAUGACGGAUUGGGUUGGAAUUUCAAGCCUUUGGAGUUGUACGGGUUGGGAAGUACUUCAAACUUGUACUUUAGAAUACUGGUCGGUUGGAAAUGGACCACCACACGCCAACGAGGAUCAUGAAGAUUUCUCGUGCGGUGCGACCUUGGAACCGCUAGGUUCCCCCGAUGGGUGGUUAAGUUACGGGUGCUUUGAAUCUUCAGAUUCAUUCGGAAUAUCUUACGAACUGGCUGUGUCCGAUCCUAUGUUAUUUGAAGAAUCAUGGAAGCGAUAUAGCGCCACUAAAAUAUCGAAUAUCAUGCACAUGGCCGAAGACGAACAAUCAAUUCAAGCCGUUCGUCACAUAAGCGUCAACAUACGCUGCAAGUUCCCUAAAAAGCGUGGUCUCCUACCACUAUAUUUCCACCGGCGUCCAUCGUCUCUGUUCAAUGUCGAGCACUACUGGGGGUUCCUCAGCGAUAGCCCAGAUCCGGAUGUACCCCCAUGUAGACUUGUGCGGGACGUUCAAGUUGAAUACUCAGUGUGA